CUUAUUACUUAUUAUGAUUUUGAGAUCCCACUGACAUAUAUAAAAUUUUUUGGCUAUGUGUAUUUCAUACAUAUGCGUGGUUUGUGCCUGAAGUAUGCUGUUUUUGAAAGUAUUGCUGCUGGUUAUAACUGCAAGGACCGUUAUUGCCGGAUAUUGUACGCAGUCAUAUAACUGUACAAAAACAUGUUCCACAAAGGUAGUGAGCUACACUAAAUGCGGGUUUAUUUGGGUGGGUAGAUGCACCAGACACAGGGUGGUUUACGUUGUCUGUGACGGUACGUGUUACAAGCAGGGUUGUUGUCCUGGAUACACUGGGAGCAGCUGUGACACACUUUCAGACGGUAUGGUCAAUAAAACACAAUCGUCCAAUGGAGAGGAAGAUGACAAAUCUACCUGCAACUACUUCUGCGCAGCAAAAGAUAACGAAACGGAAUGGAUACCACCGCCACGUUUCAGACGGCCUUGUAUUCCAAAAGAGAUCCGGCCUAUUUAUUAUACAAAGCAAGGCAGCGAUCAUGUGCUUAUAAAUUGGACAGAACCAAAUGCUACAGACAGAGAUGGUGAUUCACCAAGUGUGGUACAAGUUAAGGGGACCAAAAAUGGUGGUAAUUUCACCGGCGCACUUUUGGGCAAAACGCAUACGAUAGUGUACAUUGCAACUGAUACAGAUGGACUGACAGACAUUUGCUUGUUUACCUUCACAGUCAUUGUCCCUUCAUGUUCGAAGUUAGGUACUGUUCAGAACGGACGCUACACAUGCACAAAUGGCACUGCUCCUGGCAGUUCCUGCAUGUUUGAAUGCCACAAAGGAUUCAAGACUUCUGGAACUGGGAAUGCAACCUGUGGAUAUUUUUAUAAAACAAGGCAGUUUCCUAUUUGGAAAAAUGUUCAACAGUGCAAACGGAUCGAAUGUGGUAUUCCAGCUGUCCCUGAAAAGGCAAUGUUGACUUGUAAGAAUAAUGAGAAAACUUACCAAACGGUCUGUAAUGUUAAUUGUUAUCACGGAUAUUCAGCAACUGGACCAACGAACAUUAUUUGUCAAGCUAAUGGAAACUGGUCAAAGGCGACUGUUUGUAUCAGUAAUGCACCCAAGGUAACAGAAUGUUCGCCUUCUUCGUGUAACGGUCACACGUGUUUACUUAACGACAACGGCACCUUUUUCUGCAAAUGUUCUCACGGAUGGUCCGGGCCCUUAUGCCGGAAUGCACCAGAUAUGUGUGCAGAGAAUAUUUGUAUGAAUGGCGCGGAGUGCAAUAGCCUUAAUAAAAGCUACACAUGCAGCUGUCGGUCAGGGUAUUCUGGCUCCCUGUGCCAGGUGUCCCCAGUUGAUGGAAAUUGGUCAGACUGGUCAAGGUGGUCGAAAUGCUCUGUUACAUGCGGUGUUGGUGUACGUUCACGAAACAGAUCAUGUGACAAUCCACCGCCAGAUAUACAUGGCAAAGUCUGUCAAGGAUCAUAUACUGAAAGUUCUGACUGUGAAAACGACAAAUGCGAAGAGUGUCCCGCUCUCAAGCAGACAAAUGAAUCAUUAGCGUUUUAUGAAUGUAUGACUGACACCGAUACGGGGCUUAAAACAUGUGAAAUUUCUUGCAAAAAUGGAACAAUACCAGUCCUACGGUUAGAAGGAUUUCAGACACUAAGAUGUGGUCAUCAAACAAAUUAUUACUGGGUACCAGGAAAUGUGCAACUUUCAUGCGUUGUUCCAAAGAUACCAGUCGUAUUUGAGCUUGAAACUGAAAUAAUUUAUAACUCGGGCAUACCAGAAGAACAACAGCCUGAAGUUGAAGACCAAGUUAGGAAAAAUGUUAAUGGCACGAGUUGCAUUCAGUCGGGUCAUUGUAACACGACCAUUAAUUUUAUAGCGAACCAAGUUGGUUAUUACACAAAAACAAAAUUGAUUUUAACCUUUAUCAGAUACCUCUACUACAUUGUGAAAAAUACUGAAUUCGUGGAUCAAAGAGUCCUCCAUGAAUUACAGAAGGCGAUUUCAGAUCUUGAAUCAACAGCAGAAUAUCUUAGGAAUAAUAUCGAAAAGGUCUUUAAUGUCAAUACUAGCGGAGGCCUCAUACAAGCAGAUGAAUCGUCACUUCACCUACAAGGAUUGGUCAACUGCACGAAAGGACACAUUUAUGUAAAAGAAGUUUGCGUUGAAUGUCCAGCCAGUACUUACAUAAGAAGCAACAAGUGUGAAUUGUGUCCAAAGGGAACUUUUCAAAUGUUAACAGGACAAACAGAAUGCAUCAUGUGUCCACUAGGUCAAACAACUCGUACUCUUGGAUCUUCUGAUGAAGGGGAUUGUUUCA